AUGAGCCCCGGAAGCACCGUCCCAUUUUAUGGAUCCUCAAACAUCGACUUUGGCCCGCUGGCACACGUCAACACAGCCGAAACGCGACUGCCCGCGUUUGGUGGUGAACUGCAACCAGGUCUCUGGCGACCGGCGAAAGAGCGCAAAUUUGCCAAUUCAGCACCGCUAGGACUGUUUGGAUUCGCCCUCAACACAUUCGUUAUGGGAUGUUUGCAAAUGCGGGCAAUGGGUAUCACUGACCCUCACAUGAUUGUUGGCCUUGCGUACUCGUAUGGGGGUUUCGUCCAACUUCUAGCUGGCAUGUGGGAAAUGGCCUCGGGUAACACGUUCGGUGCAACUGCCUUGUCUUCGUAUGGUGGUUUCUGGAUCGCACUGGGUAUCAAUUUUACACCCGGUGGAUUCAAUACACAAGCCAUUCUCGAGCAAGCCGACAGUGGCAAGUCGGACAUGUUUUUCAACUCAAUGGGACUAUUCGUGUUUGGCUGGUUCAUCUUCACCUUCCUCAUGCUCCUGUGCACACUGAAAUCCACCGUGUUCUUCUUCUUACUAUUCUUCUUUGUUGAUGUAUCCUUUCUUCUCCUUGGUGUUUCAUACGUCCACCGUGGUAGCUAUCCCGAGUACCACAUCCCCGUGAUGAAAGCCAGUGGUUUAUUUGCACUUUUAGCGUCCUUUACAGCGUGGUAUAUUGCCUUGGCCGGUGUCAUGGACGAUAGCAACAGCUUCUUCAUCAUUCCCGUCUUCCACUUUCCCUGGUCGGAGAAAGGACGACAGUCUAGAAAGGAAAGACGCGAGAGCCAGGAGAGCCAGAAGGCCCAGAAGAGCCGGCAGCCGAGUGAGUCGGCGUGA